AUGCUCCGCCAAAGAAAUCAUCGCAAUCGACUUCUGAUUUCUAUCUUCUUAUUAGUUAGUAUUCUUUUGGCGUUAACAUCCGUUAUGAACCGAAAAGAACAUUCCUUAACACCAAAUAUUAUUUCACAAACAAUCAUUCUCAUUCGUACUUCGAAUCGUUGUCAAACACGUUUAACUUAUCUCCUUCAAAGUUGGCUAUCGUCGAGCCUGGCUCAGCAAUCGAAAAUUUAUCUAUUCACAGAUCGUAUAAAAAAAUACACAGACAAGAGAGUUUUGAAAUCGUUUAAAACUAUCAUUGAAACGAACUGUUCGGAAACACAUGGUAGAUUUGAUUUAUGUUGUAAAACCGCCCAUGAAUUUGACUUCUAUUACCAUUUAUCACGAACGAAUCCGGAUAUUGAAUGGAUGUGCCGAUUUGACGAUGAUCAAUACGUGAAUUUAGAAAAUCUAUAUAAAUUUUUACCUCAAUUCGAUCCAUUCUCUCCAUACUAUAUCGGUCGAACAAGUCUAAACCAUCGAUUGAAGACUAGAAAUCAUAGCCAGACAUUUACAUUUGCAACGUACGGAGCUGGCGUUUGUUUUUCUCGUUCAUUAUUGGCAAGACUUCGACCAUAUGUCUCGAAAACAAUUUUCCCACAUAAUUGCAUUAAACAACGUCUUUCUGACGAUGCUUACGUCGGAUUUUUAACCGAAGUUAUUCUCAAUGUGACAUUAACCUCAUUCCAAGAACUUUUCCAUUCGCAUCUAGAAAAACUUGACAUGUCGUUUCGUCAGUUUUCAUUUGCAUAUUUACGACGGGCAAUCACUUUUGGGUUUGCUUGGGAUCGAUACGAUCUUUCCUGGUUACCAAUUAUUCAUCAAUUGAUUGAGUUAAUUCACAAAGGUGAACAACAAGCUGCUGAGCGUUUAUGGUUAUUUUUGCGAAACUAUGAAAAAGAACAUCCGAAUCGAUCAGAGUACAAACGUGAUCAAACAUGUCUACCUUCUCAAACCGAACGACAUUAA